AUGGACCACCAAGAGCUGCUAGACCAGUCAGAAAUUAAGAAGAAGAGGAAGAGAACAUAUGGUACCUUCAUAUGUGAUCAUCCUGAUUGUAAUCGAGUAUUCACUCGAGCUGAUCAUUUAUCUCGACAUAAAAAGAAUCAUGAUCCUUCAAGACAAUUAAUAUGUAGUUGGCCAGGAUGUCAACAAGUAUUUGCUAGAAAUGAUAUUAGAGAAAAACAUUAUCAGCGUCAUAUUACAAAGGUUAAGAAGUUAAAUGAUAAGUUGCCAUUACGUAAUAUUAAUUCUACUGUCUUGUCUAGUUCAAAAUCGGUAUCUACAUCAGCAUCAAUAUCAACAAAUACAUCCAGACCAGGUUUGGAUAACACCCAGGAUAUGCUAACCAUGCCACUUUCAGCAACAUCAUCUACUCCAUCUAUAACAGCUUCUCCGAUUUCACUCCCACUUAGUUCGUCUAGUCUUACGAUGCCCACGGCUACUACCACUAUGGCGCACGUACAACCGUCAUUAUCGUCCUCAAUAUCAAUGUCUAAUAACAAUUCAAUAGCUUCCUCAACAAUUAUGCCACCCUCAGUGGGUUCGAUGGUUCCAUCAUCGUCAUUCAUGGCUCCAUCACUCUCAAUGCCAACUCACCUAAAUCUAAAACCAAUGAGUCCCUCCAUGUCUACCCCAAAUCCAACAAAACCAUUAAAUCCUUCCGAUUUGAUAGAUUGGUUAUUUCAAGAUGAUACAAUGUCAAAGGGGAAACUAGCAACCAGUGAAUUCUACAAUUUCCCCACCGAUGUGCCAGUAUCUUCAUUAUUUAUGAAUGCAUUUGUCAACUCCCCUUCCUUCCCCAUGAACAAUUCAAAGAAUCGAACUAGUAUUGAUCAUAAUAUUCGUGAAAAACUAAUUAAUCUCUUACCUGAAUUAAAUGCUAAUCCAGAUUUUGGGAUCCCUCAGAUUGAAAGAUGUUUAGAAUUAUAUUGGCUGGUAUAUCAUACCCAAUAUCCCAUUCUCCAUAAACCAUCCUUCUCAAACCAAGAUGCCCACCCAUUGCUUCUUCUAGCUAUGAUAAUGGUAGGUGCCAGUUUUACUGACUGUACCAGCGAUCCCCAAGACCCCAAUGGAACUCUAUUCAUGGAUCCACAAAAAUUGGCAGAACAAAUUGCUGAUCCAUUAAGAUGGUUAAUCUUUUCCAAUAGUGAAUGUCGUCCACCGGCCAAAACAUACAUUAUCCAAAGUUUAUUAUUAUUAGAAUCAUUUGAAAUCACGUCUACUACGAGAUAUUUACAUGAACGGUCAUUUCUUUAUCAUGGAACCAAGAUCCAAUUAUUACGUCGAAGUCCAUUAUUAGGUGGAGAUCCACUAAAGAAAGAGGUCGCUGGUCCACCUCAAGCAGGCUGGAAACAAUGGAUUGAAUAUGAAUCAAUGAAGCGUGCUUGUUUUAUGGCGUUUUAUUUAGAUACCGUGAAUGCAACCGUUUAUGGCCAUACACUAAUCCUAUACGCGUAUCAAAUUCAACUAUCCCUCCCCUGUGAAGACUAUCUCUGGGAAUAUGACAACAUCCAUCAAAAACACUUAAUCACCCCUACAUCAUUCCAACCGCCGAAAUUCCUCGACGCCUUGAAAAAACUCCUUCAUCGUCAACCUGUCCACACCACCAAAUUCGGGCGCAGCCUCCUCUUGGCGGGUCUCCUAACCAUCAUGUUUCAAAUGCAACAACGUGAUCUCCAACUCUCAUUCCUCGAAUGGAAUUCCACAAAGCAAUCAUGGAAUGAAACCAUGUCAUUAGCAAUGGACGUCUGGAGAACCGAAAUCUGUGGUCAAGGAGGCUGUUGUUCUACUGAAAUGGCCAUCAACCCAACCCAUGACCCUACCCUUGGUCAGCAACAACAACAAAUCCUAAUCCCAAGCUUAAGCCCGCAAGACACGGGGUGUAAAUUUAGUCUAUACCAUAUUGCUCAAAUAUAUAUGAGAAUCACCCAUUAUGAUUACAUAGUCUACGCGGGAGCACCUAGUCGGAUGAAUGUCGCCGUGACCGAGAACGAAUAUGCCACUGUUCAAAAACGAGUAAAUGAUUGGGCCAGGAGUUUGAAUGGAGGCAUUGCAACCGUGCAUGCGUAUUUGAUCCUAUGUGAGAUGUUACUCCUGCCUGAGAAUGAUGAGAUUGUGUUUGGAUAUAAUAUGAAUGCCGAUCCAUUUUUACAUAGACGGAAUAUUAUCAUCAGUGCGAUUCUUGUUGUUUUUGCUUAUAAUUUCUCUCAAGAUGGUCCGGAGGCGGAUAUUUUUGAUCAGUUGGCGGCAGAUGGGGGGACAUAUCCCGAAAGAGAGGAUGGACAUGGAUAUCUUAAGCGGAUUAGAGCUGAAUUGUCACGAUCAAGUGCGGGGAAUUUCCAUUUACAUAGUAAUAAUAAUAAUGUUGAUCCUGUUACAUUUCAUAAUAACAUCAAGACAUAUGCUGAAUAUCUCCGCAUGAUUCGGAAUAAGAAUAAUAUGGUUGGGUUGUUAAAACUCUUGUAUAAUGCUUAUUGUGGAUCUAAAUGGGAGAUUGGACUUGAGUAUUCAAACUUAUUAAGGAAUUGUAUUGAACGAUGUUUAGGAAGAAACAAUAUUACAUGUAAUAAUAUGUAUUUACGCCCAUAG